GACAGCAGUUUCACCGAGACAGGCUAUGGCUGCGUUGCAGGCCCCAGGGAUCCCCAGUCCCGGACUGAACUGUGUGCUGAUCCUGAUCUUCACAGUGCUUCUGCAGUCCGUCUCUGUGGCUGUGACCUACAUAUACUUCACCAAUGAACUGAAACAGGUGCAGGAGAAGCUUUCCAAAAGUGGUAUUGCUUGCUUCUUAAAGGAAGAUGAUAGCACCUGGGACCCCUAUGAUGACGAGAGUAUGAACAACCCCUGCUGGCAAGUAAAGUGGCAACUACGUCAGUUAGUUAGAAAGAUGAUUUUGAGAACCUAUGAGGAAACCAUUUCUACAGUUCCAGAAAUCCAACGUAAUAUUCCUCAGCUAGCAAGAAGAGAACUGCAAAGAGUAGCAGCUCACAUUACAGGGGCCAAACACAGAAGAAACACAACCCCAGUUCCAAACUCCAAGAAUGAAAAUGUUUUGGGCCAUAAAAUAACCUCCUGGGAGUCAUCAAGAAAAGGACAUUCAUUCUUGAAUAAUUUGCACCUGAGGAAUGGAGAGCUAAUUAUUCAUCAAACGGGGUUUUACUAUAUUUAUUCCCAAACAUACUUUCGAUUUCAGGAACCUGAGGAUGUUUCCACACCAGGGAACAGAAAGAAAAACAAACAAAUGGUACAAUAUAUUUACAAAUCCACAGCCUACCCUGACCCUGUACUGCUGAUGAAAAGUGCUAGAAAUAGUUGUUGGUCUAAAGAUUCAGAAUAUGGACUCUAUUCCAUCUAUCAGGGUGGAAUAUUUGAACUUAAAGAAAAUGACAGAAUUUUUGUAUCUGUAACUAAUGAAGAAUUGAUGGACAUGGACCAAGAAGCCAGUUUUUUUGGGGCCUUUUUAAUUGGCUAGAUGAUCUGCAAAGAAAAAAAACAGGGUCCUCAAUGUUACCUUUCACUUCAGGAUGAAAAUCCACCAUAUCUGACAAAGUAAGGCAGCUUGAGCAAGGCAGCCAGAAUGAAAAGACUCUUUAACAUGUAUGUUUUUAAUAUCUAUGAGAAGUGAUGAGCUUAUUUUUUUAAAGAAGUGAAAUUGCUAAAAGACCUUUCACUGUUCUAUCUAUCAGUUUGCUAACAGAAAUCUAGAAGAUCCUCACUUUUCAAACAUGUCUAGCAAUUAAUACCUGUAUUUAUCAUCUACUCUUGAGAAGAUUCUAGAAGAAAGAGUAGUGAGCUUGGAUUCUCUUAUAUCCACCACCUAAGAAUUGUGCUGUAAAAAGCAACAGCUUUUCCCCUUCCUGUCCAUCAUCCACUCUGCAUGACCGCUGCAAAGCUGCAACCAUGCAUGACUGUUGGCCAGGCAGGGGUCCAGAUCAGCAAUGUUUGCUGGGAGCUCUACUGCCUAAAACAUGGUAUCCAGCCUGAUGACCAGGUGCCAAGUGACCACCAGGGAAUGGGAGGGAGAUGACUCUUCCAACACCUUCAGUGAGAUGGCACUAGCAAGCGUGAGUCCAGAGCGGUGUUGGUCAACCUAGAACCCACAGCUACUGAUGAAGUUCCCACUGGUACCUACCACCAGCUAUUCCACCUGAAGCAGCUCAUCAUAGGCAAGGAAGAUGCACCCAAUAACUGCCCGCAAGCACUAUACCAUGGGCAAGGAGAUCACCAACCUCAUCUUGUUCCAAAUUCAGAAACUGGCUAACCAGCGCACAGCCCUCAAGGCUUCUUGGCUUUCCACUGCUUUGUUGAGGGAACUGGUUCUGGGUUCGCCUCCCUGCUGAUAGAAAAUCUCUCUGUCAUUCAUGGCAAGAAGUCCAAACUGGAGUUCUCUAUUAGCCAUCCCCUUGAGCUUCCACAGCCGAGGUGCAGCCCUGCAAUUCCACACUCCCCACUCACACCACCCGGAAGCACUCUGUGCAUCCGUGGUUGAACAAGGAGGCUGUCUACGACACCUGUCAUAGAAACCUCGAGACUGAGUGCCCUACCUGUAUCAACCUGAACAGGUUGAUAGGUUAAAUUGUGCUCUCUGUCACUGCUUCCUGUGGAUUUGAUGGAGCACUGGUUGCUCAUCUGACCAACCUGGAGCCCUGUCCCCAUAUUCACUUCCCUCUGGCUACAUUUGCCCCUGUCAUCUCUGCUUAGAAAGCCUACCAUGAGCAGCUUUCUGCAGCAGAGAUCACUAGUGUGUACUUUGAGCCAGCCAACCAGAUGGCAGAAUGUACUUGAGUGAUAUGGUUCCCACGGUGAUAGGAUACCAAUGCUGCCAUGGCCACCAUCAAGAUUAAGUGCAGCAUCCAGUUUGUGGACUGGUGUCCCACUGGCUUCACAGUUGGUGUUAAUCACCAGCUUCCCACUGUGGUGCCUGGUGGAGACCUGGCCAAAGUACAGUGAACUGUGUGCAUGCUGAGCAACACUUCAGCUAUUGCUGAGGCCUGGGCUCACCUGGACUAGAGUCUGGCCUGAUGUAUGCCAAACGUGCCUUUACCCACCAGUAUGUGGGGGAAGGCAUGGAGGAAGAACAGUUUUCUGAGGCCUGUGAGGACAUGGCUACCCUUGAGGACAAUAUGAGGAGGUUGGUGUGGAUUCUGUUGGAGGAGAGGGUAAGGAAGGAGAAGAAUGCUAAAGUUAAAAUGUCACAACAAUGCUGCUUUUACAGGGAUGCUUUUUCUGUUUUAAACAUUGAAGACCUGUGGUCUGACCGGUUCAUUUGAAUGUAGCACUGUAUACUCAUAUGCAAUUACUGGCCUGUUUUAUAACAUGACAGUUUGUUACAGACCCAGCCUGUUCAUUUCUGAUGGGUUUGAGAAAAGUACUCCCUGUCUAAAAUUAAAAAAAGAAAAAGUAAUGAUCUUAAACAGUAUAUCAUAUUGAUAGCUUCCAAGAUGCAGUAAGGGACAACAUUUGCAAAGUUAGAAGAGAUGGGGGCACUGCUUCAAGGUCAUGGUCUUGGGAAGCAACCCUCUGUCAGCAUACGCAAUGUGCAAAGGGAGUUUGCAUUGCACAAGACUUACAGGAGUUGUCUCAUACACCUGAAUUUGGCGGAAAUAAGGAAAAUUCCACUAAAAAUACUAUCAUUUUUUAAUGAAAUAUUGUUUGUGAAUGGCUUGUGCUACUAAAA